AUGAGCAGCAGUUAUGCGAAGCGGAUGACCCUGUUAGCUGGCCGAAUCUUUGUCGAUGUUGGUCGUCCGAUCGAUCAAAAGUCAAAGAAAGUUGUCAGUCUGAUGCAGUCUCAACCACCACCAGUGAUUCUUCACAAUUACUAUCCACCUUUGGAAGAAUAUCACAAUAUCUUCGUCAAACUCCGAUACCUUGGUCUGUUUCGCGACGAGCAUGCAGAUUUUCGUGAUGAAAUGAGACGGUUAAGGGAACUAAAGGGAAAGGGGAAACGGAAAAAAGGCGAGGGUCGGCGGAGCACCCUCAGUUAA